GCGUUUCUUUCCUUGUUUUUUUUUUUCUUCUUCUUCUUCUUCUGCUUCUUCUUCUGCUUCUUUCUUCUUCUUCUUCUUCUAUUUCACCGUCACGCUCUUUUCCAUUCAUCAACAGCAACCACAACAACAACAACAACAACAAUUCUAAUGGGCAUAUAGGUUAAGGAAAUGAUUGGUAUUUGCAGUGCUAGCAACCUCGCUUGCUGCGUUGGUCGCGCUGCUUGCUCGCUGUGUUGCCGAGUGCGCUGCUGCCCGGCCAAGUCGAAUGCGUCGACCGUCACCCGCCUCGUCUACGCCUUCAUCCUCCUCAUCGGCUCCAUCGUGUCGUGGGUCAUGCUAUCCGACUGGGCCAGCAACGAGCUCGCCAAGGUCCCCGCGCUGGUCGAUAGCUUUGUCCGCGCGCACUGCCUCACGGACGGCGGCUGCUCGCUCCACUCUAUGGCCGGCGUCAUGGGCGUCUACCGCGUCUUCUUCGUCCUCGCCCUCUUCUUUGCGCUGCUCGCCGUCCUCACCUUCCGCGUCCGCUCCUCCAAAGACCCCCGCGCAGGCAUUCAAAAUGGAUGGUGGCUGCCGAAGACGCUCUUCAUUGUCGGAUUGCUCGUUGGAUCGUUCUUUAUGCCGAACAGCGUCUUCUUUGACUGGGGCUACCUCGGACUCGUCGGCGCGUUCUUGUUCAUUCUCGUGCAACUCGUCUUGCUCGUCGACUUUGCCCACGAGUGGUGCGACAAGUGGGUGGCCAAGUGGGAGGAAACGGAAAGCAAAAUCUACCAAGUCGGCCUCCUCGGCUCGACCGCUUUGCUCUACGCUCUGACCAUUGUGUUGACCGUGCUCCUGUUCGUCUAUUUUGCUGCUGGAAGCGACUGCCGUUUGAACAAGUUCUUUGUCGGCUUCAACCUUGCCCUCUGUAUUGUCUUGUCCGUGAUCUCGGUUCUUCCCGCUGUUCAGCAGGCCAAUCCACGAUCUGGAUUACUGCAGGCUUCUGUCGUCUCGAUCUACAUGACGUACCUCACUUGGUCGGGCAGUCUCCAACGAGCCCGACUCGGCCUGCGCCUCGGGCGCUUCGAGCGGCGUGUCGAGCAGCACAUCCAUUGUGCUGGGCGCAAUCUUCACCUUCAUCACAGUCAUCUACUCGUCGGUUCGCUCUGCCACGCAAGUGAGCGCUAGCUCCGAUACUGACGAAAAUGAGGUGGCUCUGCUCGACUCGGAUGCUCUCAUUACCAACAAUGGUCGUGGCCACGACGACAGCGACGCUGAUGACGAUGGCGAAUCUGGCGGCCACCACGAGACAAUCGACAACGAGCAGAAGGGGUGCGAGUACAAUUACUCCAUGUUCAACCUCAUCUUUUGCCUCGCAUCCCUGUAUCUGAUGGAGGUCAUUACCAAUUGGGCGUCCGUCAACAAUGGCAGCGAGAUUACGAUCGACAUUGGCCACUCCUGGACGGCUGUGUGGGUCAAGAUGGCGUCUACCUGGACCGCCGCGCUCAUCUAUCUCUGGACACUUGUGGCUCCGCUUGUUCUGACCAACCGCGAUUUUGGUCUCAGCUCGCCCACGUACUAAGGGCGCACGCCUUCCGGGAUGAAACGCAGCACUUCAGCCGCGCACCUUUUUUUUUUUCUUUUUUGCAACGGUCCUUCCGCUUGCUGUGAAUAUUAUUUUGGUUGUUGUUGUUGUUGUUGUUGUUUUGUGGCUGCAGCUCAUCUCCUGUUGCCAUUUUGUCAAUGCAUGCAUGACGUUCGGUUUUCCGUCUUGUACUGUGUGGCUUCUAUUUUUCCCUUCUCAACCCGCUCCUUCUCUUGCUCGCAGGUUGUCGUUUUUCAAUACCCAUAUUUCCCCCCCCCCCCCGGCAUCCCCCAGUUUCAUCGUCCUUUUGCGAAAGUUGUUGUUUGUUUGCGCGACUGAAUCACAAAAAUGCUCCGCAA